AUGCCUAUGCAUGCAAGUUACCCACUGUCUCAGGAGCAGCUUAAGGGUAUUCUCAAGAAACAUGACACCAACGGAGACGGAAAGCUCAGCAGGGAAGAACUGAAGGCAGCCUUUCGCAGCCUAGGUUUGCAGUUCAGUGGCUGGAAAGCUUGGAGAGCCGUCCACCAUGUCGACGCCAAUAGAGAUGGGUAUGAGCAGCUUAAGGGUAUUCUCAAGAAACAUGACACCAACGGAGACGGAAAGCUCAGCAGGGAAGAACUGAAGGCAGCCUUUCGCAGCCUAGGUUUGCAGUUCAGUGGCUGGAAAGCUUGGAGAGCCGUCCACCAUGUCGACGCCAAUAGAGAUGGGUAUGUUAGUGAAGAGGAGAUGAAUGAGCUUGUUAAGUAUGCUAUGCAAUGGGGGUUUACUAUUAAUUAA